AUGUUAACAUCAAAGGAAGCAUUUAAUAAACUUCCUCAAAAAUUGCAUAAUUUUUUCAUAAAGUAUCCACCUAGACCUUUUCAACAAUAUAAAUCAUCUCCAUCAGUAACGAAUGAUCCAACUUUAAAUCCCUUUUUCCCAAAUAAAAAUUUAGAAACUGGUAAUUGGCAACAACCAAAAUAUUCAAGAAGAAGAUCAGCAGAUUUAUUUAAAUUAGCCAAAAAAUUUGGUUUACAAGAUUUAUUACCACCAACACCACGUAAAUUCCAUGAAGAAAAAUAUAAUAAUGUAAAAUUUAUGAAUUCAAUAAUUAAUCCAUCACCAAGACCAGAUUUAGAUAAAAUUCAUGAAAAAAUGGCUAAAAGAGCAAAUGCGAUUGAAAAUAUGGAUGAUAUAAUUUCAAAAGCAAGACCAAAUUAUAAGAAAUUAAUAUCAAAAAGAAAAAAGAAAGAAGAAGAGUGGUUUUAA